AUGUUUGUAGAAGGUGGAAGUUUCAGAGCCCAUGCCACCGGUAGAGGAAAAAGUAGUAGUAGUAGUAGUAGUAGUAGUAGUAGAAUAAUUAGCAAGGCUGUCCUGAGUGUGGUAAAGUCAGAUAUUUUGAACGUAGCCGGACCCCUACAACUCUGUGCUGGUCAGAACGUCGGAUGCGAGGCUGCCAUACACGCUAUUCGAGGUAUUUAUGAUGAAGAUGAAACAGAGGCCGUGCUAUUUGUAGACGCAACCAAUGCUUUCAAUACUUUGAACCGUCAAGUUGCUCUGGCUAACAUAUCUGUCAACUGCCCAGCCAUCUUUCCAAUCUUGGCCAACACGUAUCGACAACCUUCUUCAUUGUUUGUAGGUGGAGAAACGUUGCUUUCUAGUGAAGGAACAACUCAAGGAGAUCCCUUAGCGAUGCCAAUGUAUGCUCUGGCCACAAUUCCACUUCUAAAGAGUGUGCAGACGAAUGGUACAAAGCAGGUAUGGUAUGCAGAUGAUGCAGCUGCUGGAGGCUCGCUAGACUGUCUACAUAAAUGGUGGAACAGAUUGGUUGACUUAGGUGCUAUGUUUGGGUAUCUUCCAAAUCCCAAAAAGUCAUGGUUGCUAGUGAAAUCAGGAAAUAUUGACAAAGCUACACAUCUCUUUGAAAAUACCAAUAUCAACAUUACUACAGAAGGACAAAAGUACCUUGGAGCUGCUAUUGGAAACAAAGAUUUCUGCAAUAACUUCCUGCAAGAAAAGGUGACCAAUUGGAAGUUACAAGUAGAGCGACUCAGUUGCAUUGCCCAAACUCAACCACAAGCUGCUCACUCGAUAUUCACACGGGGUCUGAUUGGACGCUGGAAAUUUGCACUCAGAACCAAUGAAAACUUUGCAGCGUACCUUAAUCCUCUGGAGGAGGCGUUACGAUCCAAACUGAUUCCCGCCAUAACCAAUAGAAGUACUCCAGGAGACAAGAUGAGAAGGCUUUUUGCAUUACCACCUCGACUAGGCGGCCUUGGAAUUGUAGAUCCACGUUCGUUGACUUGUGAGCUGGAAUACUCAAAGUUAAUUUGUGCGCCACUGGUCAACCGAAUUGUGCAACAAGAAACAAACCUGGAUAACGUUCCUACCAAGCAGAAUUCUAUGAAAGCUAGCAUUCGCCAGCAAAAACAUCUAGCACAAAAGUCUCAUUCUGAAAUCACUGUCAAUGAUCUAUCUGUGGAAUUGAAACGUUCAGUUGAAUUGGCCUGUGAGAAGGGUGCCUCCUGCUGGCUGACCGCAAUCCCACUAGAGCAACACGGAUUCACUUUGCACAAAUCUGCGUUUCGGGAUGCCCUGUGCCUCAGAUACGGUUGGCACCCGUCCAACCUCCCAGACAUAUGUCCAUGUGGAUCUAAAUUCUCAGUAGAUCACUCUCUGUCAUGUCCAACAGGAGGAUACCCCAGCAUCCGCCAUAACGAGGUCCGCGAUUUAUUUACCAACUUGUUGACAGAGGUUUGCCACGAUGUACACAAAGAGCCCGUUCUGCAACCUCUCAACGGCGAGGUGUUUCAAAAACGCUGUACUACCUCUGACGAAAAUGCCAGACUUGAUAUUGCUGUCAGUGGAUUUUGGGGUGGGCACUUCCAACGAACUUUCUUUGACGUCAGGGUCUUCAACCCUAAUGCCUCAUCCUACAAAUCAGUGCAGAUCCCGUCAUUAUAUAAACGGCAGGAACAAGAGAAGAAAAGGCGAUACGAGGAACGAAUUAAUAACGUGGAGCUUUCAUCGUUCACGCCAAUCAUUUUAGCAUGCACUGGAGGAUGCAGUAAACUGACGUCUAUUUUUUUGAAAAGACUAGCCUCACUUUUAUCGGAAAAGCACCACACCGAGUACAGCACAACUAUCAACUGGCUGAGAUGUCGACUGUCAUUUGCACUCCUUCGGGCCUGCGUGAUGUGUUUGCGAGGAUGCAGGUCCAAGCUUCACAGAACCUCAAGGGACUUCAACAUUCUGCUGGAAGCAGCAGAAAGUAGAUUAUAGAAGACUGUUUAUCUCAAAGUUGUUACAACCUAGAAACUUGUUGCUAUAGAGGAAGCUUUUACAUACAGUAGUAGUAUUUUGAAAAAAGUAGUAGAGAUUUUAUUAUUAUUAUUAGUAGUAGUAGUAGUAGUAGUUUAUUCAAGUAGUAGUAGUAGUAGUGUGUUAGCAGAUGCCGUUUGAUUGUUCAAAUACACCAGUUCUCAGUAGUAGU